AUGUCAAUACCAAUAUUAUUCAAUCUAACUGAUUCAUUAUCGCAAGAUUUUUCAAAUCUAUUGAAACAAGAUAUCGCAGAAGGCUUUGAUGUUUCAAUAUCGGUCGGGGAGUUUCCAAAUAAAAUUUUCUUUGCACACUCUCUGAUAUUGAGAGCUAGAUCACCAUACUUUCGUAAAAUUUUAUCUCAAAAAAAAUGUGGACCAAACGAAGACGUGAUAACGUAUACUUUAACCGAACCGCAUAUUUCUCCAACCGUAUUUGAAUUUAUACUUGGCGGCUGCUUAACAUUUAAAGAUACACAAGACAACGAGCUAAUUCUUAACACAGCAAUAGCAGCAGCAGAAUUUUGCCUUACCGAAUUAUGCGAUCUACUACAAUGUCACUUACUAUAUCUAAAAUUUGAAUGGGUUCACAGAAACUUUGUAUUAAUCCAGAAUUCGAUAUUACGACGUGAAGGACUGGAAAAAUUACAGCAAAUUUGUACAGAUAGACUUAAGAAAGAGCCGGAAUCGAUCCUCAGGUCACCUGAUUUUGUACAUUUGAAUGAAGAUGUCGUUGUAGAACUUCUCAAACAAAUUAAUAUUCAAAUGUCAGAAAUUGAAAUUUGGGAUUACGUACUAAAAUGGGGAGUAACGCAAACCCGAAUGCUCAAUGAUAAUUUUGGCCGAUGGUCAUCAAAAGAUUUCCUCAUAUUGGAAUUGUCACUGCAUAAUUGCCUUCCUUGGAUCAGGUUUUUCCAUAUGCCAUAUCGUGAAUUUUCCAUUAAAGUAAUGCCAUUUGAAAAGAUCUUACCAAAGAAACUGGUUCACGAUGUACAGCGUUAUCAUUUCGUCCAAAAUAGUCAACCACUUUGCAAUACCAUUUUGCCCCCAAGACUCGGUGUGUGUAACUCGUCAAUCAUUAAGUGGUGUCACAUGGGAUUGGUUGCGAGUUGGAUUGAUCGCAAAGAUUGUGAGAGUGUUUUGUGGGACCCUUACGAUCCUAUUGAAAUUCCAUAUAGAUUUGAUUUGAUUUAUCGGGGAAGUCGAGAUGGAUUUACGCCAAAAAUAUUUCAUAAAACAUGCGACAAUCAGGGACCGACAAUCACUGUGAUAAAGAUCAAAGGGUUGGAUCAAGUUAUUGGCGGGUAUAAUCCGGUAUCUUGGCAAUCAUUUAAGCCAAAUGCUGGUUGGUCAAGAACUACAGAGAGCUUUAUAUUUUCGAUAGGCAUUGGGAAAUCGGAUUCACUGACAACCAAGAGGACAACCACUAUAAGCCGAGUCGCGGACGCGAGUAAAGCAAUUUAUAGUUUUGUAGCGUUGGGUCCCUACUUUGGUGAUGGAGAUUUGAAAGUCUGCAUUCGGUACGAUAGCCCAUGUUGUAGUUGCACUCAUAAAUCUUAUUCUUUAAAGAUUCUUGAAAAGUCAGAUUGGAUGGUUGUUGAGGAAUACGAGGUCUUUAAAGUUGAAACAAAGAAUGAAAAUAAAUAA